CCUCGCCAGCCAAACUCAACGAACCACGCACGAACGCCCUCUAGCUACUUACAGUACCGGCACUCAGCCAGGACCACCGCAUAGACUACAUCAUGUCUGAACACCAGAGCGAAGAAAGAGACGAGAAGAAGCCCCAGCUCUCGGAGCACAUCAACCUCAAGGUCGUCGGCUCGGAUCAAAACGAAGUCUUCUUCAAGAUCAAACGCGCGACGCCACUCAAGAAGUUGAUGGAGACAUACUGUGAGCGACAAGGCAAAUCCAUGAACUCUGUGCGCUUUUUGGUCGACGGAGAGCGCGUGCGUACCGAUCAGUCGCCUCAAGACCUCGAGCUCGAGGAUGGCGACACCAUUGAGGUCAUGAUUGAGCAGACUGGCGGUUGUUAGACGCGUUGCAGGCUCAAGAUAUGCUCAACUUCAGCAAGAUGGGUCCAUAAACGUGGAAUCCAGCUCUACCUCGUAGCCAGCUCAUGGAUGCUUAACAUAUCGCCCAAAUUGAACAGUUCUUUCAAAUGGCCCGGUGCCUCUAUUUUCC